AUGCUUAGUGCAUUACAGGAGACAGUUGAAUUUAAAACAUCGCUCAUAACCCGCUUGGAGAAGGCGGAGAGGAGGCUAGAGGAGUUCGAAGGGCGAAAUGCCCAUGAAGAAAUGGAAGAGGGACCGGUACCUCAGGAGCGGGAAUUUAAUGAGGGGGAGGCAGAGUGUGCACUUUUGCCUGAAAACGAUAAUGAGGCAGAGAACUGGCCAUCUGGGGCAGAGUGGGCCUUUCUGCCUGAUGAUGAUGAAGAAAAGCCAAUGGAGAUGAGUAGCAUUCGAGAACCGAAGAUCGAGGACGAUCAAAAUUUCGGUUCUUGCCACGCAGAAAUUUAG